AUGUCCUUGAGCAGUGGAGCCUCCGGAGGGAAAGGAGUGGAUGCAAACCCGGUUGAGACAUACGACAGUGGGGAUGAAUGGGACAUUGGAGUAGGGAAUCUCAUCAUUGACCUGGACGCCGAUCUGGAAAAGGACCAGCAGAAACUGGAAAUGUCAGGCUCAAAGGAGGUGGGGAUACCGGCUCCCAAUGCUGUGGCCACACUACCAGACAACAUCAAGUUUGUGACCCCAGUGCCAGGUCCUCAAGGGAAGGAAGGCAAAUCAAAAUCCAAAAGGAAUAAGAGUGGCAAAGACACUAGCAAACCCACUCCAGGGACUUCCUUGUUCACUCCAAGUGAGGGGGCAACUAGCAAGAAAGAGGUGCAGGGACGCUCAGGAGAUGGUGCCAAUGCAGGAAGCCUGGUUGCUGCUAUUGCUUCCAAGGGCUCAGAGAAGGCGGCUAAGGCAUCCCGCAGUAUAGCCGGCUCCAAAAAGGAGAAGGAGAACAGCUCAUCUAAGAGCAAGAAGGAGAGAAGCGAAGGAGUGGGGACUUGUUCAGAAAAGGAUUCUGGGGUCCUCCAGCCAGUCCCCUUGGGAGCACGGGGUGGUCAAUAUGAUGGAAGUGCAGGGGUGGAUGCAGGAGCUGUGGAGCCACUUGGGAGUAUAGCUAUUGAGCCUGGGGCAGCGCUCAAUCCUUUGGGAGCUAAACCGGAGCCAGAGGAAGGGGAGAAUGAGUGUCGCCUGCUAAAGAAAGUCAAGUCUGAAAAGAUGGAGUCCGCUGCCUCCACACCGGCAGUGCUGCCGCUGCAUCUCUUGGUGCCGGUGGUCAGUGAUGACAUCUCAUCUCCCUGUGAGCAGAUCAUGGUUCGUACCCGGUCCGUUGGGGUCAACACAUGUGAUGUGGCUUUAGCCACCGAGCCUGAGUGCCUGGGUCCCUGUGAACCUGGAACAAGUGUCAACCUCGAGGGCAUCGUGUGGCAAGAAACAGAAGAUGGGAUGUUGGUAGUGAAUGUAACAUGGAGGAACAAGACAUAUGUAGGUACACUUCUUGACUGCACACGGCAUGAUUGGGCACCCCCCAGGUUCUGUGACUCUCCCACCAGUGACCUGGAAAUGCGAAACGGUCGGGGUAGAGGCAAGCGCAUGCGUCCAAACAGUAACACACCUGUCAAUGAGACAGCAACAACAUCUGACAGCAAAGGGACCAGCAGCAGCAGCAAAACCCGAGCAGGAGCCAAUAGCAAAGGCCGUCGGGGCAGCCAGAAUUCCUCAGAGCACCGCCCACCUGCCAGCAGCACCACUGAGGAUGUCAAGGCCAGCCCUUCCUCAGUGAAUAAGCGGAAAAACAAACCCCUUUCAGACAUGGAGCUGAAUUCCAGCUCAGAGGACUCCAAAGGGAGCAAGCGUGUCCGUACGAAUUCCAUGGGCUCAGCCACUGGCCCCCUCCCUGGAACCAAGGUGGAACCCACUGUUCUAGAUAGAAAUUGUCCCUCCCCAGUCCUGAUUGACUGUCCCCACCCAAACUGUAACAAAAAGUAUAAGCACAUCAAUGGACUUAAGUACCACCAAGCUCAUGCCCAUACAGAUGAUGAUAGCAAGCCAGAAGCCGAUGGAGACAGUGAGUACGGGGAGGAGCCCGCCCUCCACGCAGACCUUGGGAGCUGCAAUGGUGCCUCUGCCUCACAGAAAGGUUCCUUGUCCCCUGCCCGCUCAGCUACCCCCAAAGUUCGGCUCGUAGAGCCCCAUAGCCCUUCUCCCUCAAGCAAGUUCAGCACAAAAGGUCUGUGUAAGAAAAAGUUGAGUGGGGAAGGGGACACAGACCUUGGGGCCUUAUCCAAUGAUGGCUCUGAUGAUGGACCCUCAGUUAUGGAUGAUACAAGCAAUGAUGCCUUUGAUUCUUUGGAAAGGAAGUGUAUGGAAAAAGAAAAAUGUAAAAAACCCUCUUGUUUGAAACCUGAAAAGAUGCCUUCCAAGAGCUUAAAGUCAGCCCGGCCCAUUGCCCCGGCCAUCCCCCCCCAACAAAUCUACACCUUCCAGACAGCCGCCUUCACCGCCGCCGGCCCAGGCUCUUCCUCGGGCUUGACCACCACCGUGGUCCAAGCCAUGCCCAACAGCCCCCAGCUCAAGCCCAUUCAGCCCAAGCCCACGGUGAUGGGAGAGCCUUUCACAGUCAACCCUGCCUUGACUCCAGCCAAGGACAAGAAAAAGAAAGACAAAAAAAAGAAGGAGUCUUCAAAGGAACUUGAAAGUCCUCUGACUCCUGGAAAGGCGUGUCGAGCAGAAGAAGGCAAAAGCCCGUUCAGGGACUCGUCGGGAGACGGGAUGAAAAUGGAGGGGCUCCUAAACGGCUCGUCAGACCCUCACCAGAGCCGGCUGGCCAGCAUCAAGGCCGAGGCUGAUAAGAUAUACAGCUUCACGGACAAUGCCCCCAGCCCUUCCAUUGGAAGCAGCAGCCGCCUAGAGACCGCUACGCCUACCGGGCCCAUGACUCCCUUACAUGUAGUGACUCAGAAUGGGGCUGAAGCCAGCUCCGUCAAAACCAACAGCCCCGCCUACUCCGACAUCUCUGAUGCUGGGGAGGACGGGGAGGGCAAAGUGGAUAGUGUCAAAUCAAAGGACCCUGAGCAGUUGGUUAAGGAAGGAGCUAAGAAAACUCUUUUCCCCCCUCAGCCACAGAGCAAAGACUCCCCAUAUUACCAAGGCUUUGAGAGUUACUACUCUCCAAAUUACGCACAGUCCAGCCCAGGGACGCUGAACCCCAGCGGCCAGGCAGGAGUGGAAAGUCAGGCCCUGAAGACAAAAAAGGAUGAGGAGCCUGAGAGCAUCGAGGGGAAAGCAAAGAACGAUGUCUGUGAGGACAAGAAGCCCGAGCUGAGCAGUUCCAGUCAGCAGCCCUCUGUCAUCCAGCAGCGCCCCAACAUGUACAUGCAGUCCCUGUACUACAACCAGUAUGCCUACGUGCCCCCCUACGGCUACAGUGACCAGAGCUACCACACCCACCUGCUGAGCACGAACACGGCGUACCGGCAGCAAUAUGAGGAGCAGCAGAAACGGCAGAGCCUGGAGCAGCAGCAGCGGGGACUGGACAAGAAGGCAGAGUUGGGCCUGAAGGAGCGGGAGGCAGCACUCAAGGAAGAAUGGAAGCAAAAGCCGUCACUUCCGCCAACUCUCACCAAGGCUCCCAGCCUGACCGACCUGGUGAAGUCGGGACCCAGCAAGGCCAAGGAGCCCGGGGCUGACCCUGCCAAGUCAGUCAUUAUUCCCAAGUUAGAUGACUCUUCCAAACUCCCCAGCCAGGCCCCAGAAACUCUUAAAGUGAAGCUGAGUGAGGCCAGCCACCUAGGCAAGGAGGCUUCUGAGGCUAAAACAGGUGCUGAGUGUGGCCGACAGGCAGAGGUGGAUCCGAUACUCUGGUACCGACAGGAAGCUGAGCCCCGGAUGUGGACAUAUGUUUAUCCUGCCAAGUAUUCAGACAUCAAAUCAGAAGAUGAGAGGUGGAAAGAGGAGCGGGACCGCAAAUUGAAGGAGGAAAGGAGUCGGAAUAAGGACUCUGUUCCCAAGGAGGAUGGGAAGGAAAGCACAAGUAGUGACUGCAAGCUGUCCACUUCUGAGGAAUCCCGCCUCGGGAGCAAGGAGCCCCGACCAAGUGUCCAUGUGCCUGUGUCCUCCCCUCUCACCCAGCACCAGUCUUACAUCCCCUACAUGCACGGCUACUCCUACAGCCAGUCCUAUGACCCCAACCACCCCAGCUACCGGGGCAUGCCUGCUGUGAUGAUGCAGAACUACCCAGGUUCCUACCUACCUUCCAGCUACUCUUUCUCCCCGUAUGGCAGCAAGGUCUCGGGGGGUGAAGAUGCUGACAAGGCCCGAGCCAGCCCCAGUGUCAGUUGUAAAUCCGGCUCUGAGUCCAAAGCCUUGGACAUCUUACAGCAGCAUGCCAGUCACUACAAGAGCAAGUCUCCCACGAUAAGUGAUAAAACUUCUCAGGAGAGAGAUCGGGGAGGCUGCGGGGUGGUUGGGGGUGGUGGCAGCUGUAGCAGCAUCGGAGGAGCAGGUGCCGGUGACAGGAGUGUAGACCGGCCCCGCACCUCUCCUUCCCAGCGCCUGAUGUCCACGCACCACCACCACCACCACUUGGGCUACUCGCUGCUCCCAGCACAGUACAACCUGCCCUACGCAGCAGGGCUUUCUUCCACAGCCAUUGUUGCCAGCCAGCAAGGCUCAGCUCCCUCCCUCUACCCGCCGCCCCGGAGGUGA